AUGUCUUCAGCAAGUACCAACAAGAAAGAGGAAUAUUGGACACGAAACAAGAUAUUGCUCAUAGCUUUCGUAGUGCGAGUGUGCCUCAUUUUGUACGCUCUUGUUCAUGAUUAUGUUUUUGAGGUCUCUUUCACGGAUAUCGACUAUGUUGUUUUCUCGGAUGCCGCAAGACAUGUUGCUAAUGGUGGUUCCCCAUACGAUAGAGCCACUUACAGAUAUACACCUUUUCUUGCUAUGAUUUUGGUGGGCAAUCAAAUAUGGAAAGAUUUCGGAAAGUUGCUCUUUUGCACCUGUGAUAUCAUUGUUGCAUGGCUGUGCCUGGAAAUCAAUGAAAUACUGGCCAAAAAGAGUGGAAAAGAGCAAAACCUUCUUCCGGUUGUACUCUUUUGGUUGGCGAACCCGCUCACUGCUGUAAUUUCGGCGCGAGGUAGCUCAGAUUCGAUCGUUUGCCUUGCCGUUUUGCUGGUCUUACUUUUGUUAUUGAAGGAAAAGAUUUGGUUGGCGGCGUUAGCAAAUGGUCUCCUGGCAAUUCAUUUGAAGAUCUAUCCAGUCAUAUAUUUACCGUCAAUUUAUUUUUGGAUCUUAACAAAUGGUGGACGUAGUACUCUGAGUUCAGUUAUUGACAUGACCGGAUUGUUUUCUUUCGUUAAAUCAUGGAUCUCACGCAAAGGAUUGAUCUUUGUUUUUGUUAGUCUUUCAUCAUUUGCGCUUGUCGUUGCGCUUUUUUGGAAUAUUUACGGCGAUCAGUUCUUGGAAGAAUUUCUGCUGUAUCAUGUGAAAAGACGGGAUAUUCGCCAUAACUUUUCUCCGUAUUUCUACUUGCUUUAUCUGGUGGAUGGUUAUCAAAUAGGAUCAAAAAUAUGCGGCUUUGUAGCGUUUUUGCCACAAAUAAUUUCGAUGUUUGUCUUUGCUUUUAGCUAUUAUGACGAUUUGCCGUUUUGCUGGUUCAUGACAACCUUUGCAUUUGUGUCAUUUAAUAAGGUUUCGACUAGUCAAUAUUUUAUUUGGUACAUCGUCUUUCUUCCAUUGAUAGCAAAUCGAAUACAAAUCAGUAGUAAACGAGCCGCUGUUUUGAUAUCAAUAUGGUUUAUAUCUCAAGGAAUAUGGCUGUUUUUUGCUUAUCUCUUCGAGUUUCGGGGUUAUAACACACUUGCCUUCAUUUGGAUCUCAAGCUUAUUGUUUCUUCUCACAAAUUGUAUCAUUAUGCGCCAGAUCUCCUCGUAUUACAACCCUGAUCAAGCAGCGAAUCACUUAAAGGCUAAU